AUGGCGUUAGAAGACCUGUGCAUGUCCUGGUAUGGUAGAGAUAAAUCUCGGCCUACGAACUUGUUGGACUUGAACCUCCCAUCUGCUGAGAGUUUUAAAGAAAAUCCCAGCGAAUCUGACUCAGUGAGGCAUCCUCCGCCCUUUGCCAUGACUCACGGCACCACCACGCUAGCGUUCACCUUCCAGGGCGGCGUGCUAGCAGCCGGGGACACCCGUUCCAGCUGCAACGGCCUGGUGGCCAGCCCUGACUCACACAAAGUGGGGCCCAUACACAGCCACCUGGUGGGGACCAGCUCGGGCACGUCGGCUGACUGCACCCUCUGGAAGAGGAUCUUGGCCAGAGAGCUUCGGCUGUAUCACCUGCGUCACGGGCGCCGGGUGUCCACGUGCGGGGCUGCCAAGCUACUUUGGCACAUGCUCCUACCUUUCAAAGGCACCGAGCUGUGUGUGGCCACCACCCUGUGCGGGUGGGAUACGGGAGGUCCGGGUAUCUUCUACGUGUGCAGCGACGGCACCCGGCUGCGAGGAACGCUGUUUUCAGUGGGUUCCGGGUCACCUUACGCCUACUCUGUUUUGGAUCAAGCGGUGGAGUGGGGGAUGACGACGGAGGAGGCCGUGCAGGUUGCAAGGGAGGCGGUGUACAGAGCCACCCACAGGGACGCCUACUCGGGAAAUUGCGUGGACAUCUACCACGUCACGGCCGCGGGGUGGACUCGCAGGAAGCGCGAGGACUUGAAGGAAGAAUAUUACAGAGAGAAAGCGAGGAUGCUCCAGCACCUCCGCGACCCUCGUGAGGAAAAG